CGGAUGCGUGCGGUGUGCGUGUGGAGUGUGUCAUGUAACAAUCCGAGCCUAACUAAAUAUCGAACCAUGUUAAUGUUUUGUCCAACUUGUGGUAAUUUGCUUCUGGUGGAAGAAGGGACAGAUUCCCUGCGAUUUUCCUGUAACACAUGUCCCUAUAUUUGUAAAAUCAAACGAAAAAUUUCAACUCGUAUCUAUCCAAAGUUGAAGGAGGUUGACCAUGUUAUGGGCGGUGCUGCUGCCUGGGAAAACGUAGAUUCUACCGACGCAGACUGUCCUGCAUGUGCCCAUAAUAGAGCUUAUUUUAUGCAAAUGCAAACUCGUUCCGCGGAUGAGCCCAUGACCACGUUCUAUAAGUGUUGUAAUCCUAUCUGUGGGCACAAUUGGCGGGAUUAGAUAUCAAA